GACACGCAGAGACAUGCGGGUGCUGAGUGUGUAAAAAGAGUCAGAGAACUAUGUUGGCUAUCGAGAGGAUCAGGAAACACUGAAACCACCUGUGGAGGAACUGAGAAGGGAACGAAUAAACUUCGCUUUCUCUCGUGGAUGUUUCAGCCACAUGAAGAUUGCCGAGAUGGCUUUAAACCAAAGCGAGUUGUUCUCUUCUCUCCAACACAUCACUCCGUACCCAAUCCCAGUUACCACUCCCAGUCCAAAUACAAUCUUGAGCAACGAAAUCGGGGUGAUCGCCGGCGCGACCAUCCUCAGCCUCGUGUUUCUCCUCGGCGUUCCCGGGAACAUCUUCAUCGUCUGGAGUAUCCUGGCCCGAGCUCGCCGGCGCUCCGUCACCACCCUCCUGAUCCUGAACCUGGCCUUCGCCGACGGCUUCCUCAUGCUGCUGACGCCCUUCUUCGUGGUUUAUUUGGUUAAGCGAGGUUGGAUUUUCAGGCUGGCGCUGUGCAAAGUGCUGUUCUACCUCUGCUGCACCAACAUGUACGCCUCCAUAUUCCUGAUCACGCUGAUGAGUCUGCACAGGCUGGUGGCGAUCGUGUGGCCGAAGCGCGUGGCUGCGGUGACCGACCCCCGGGCGCUCACACGGGUCAUUGUGGGACUCUGGGUUCUCGCUCUGGGACUCUCAGUGCCCGUUUUGGUUUUCAGGACCACGGAAGGGACAUCGGAAGAGAAUCUCGUGUGCGACUGCAAUCACACAAAACCCCAAUAUGUGGUGAUGCAGUACGGCAUGGAAACGGUACUGAGCUUCUUGUUGCCGUACGGUGUGAUCAUAGGCAGUUACGUGUGUAUCUUGCGCAAAAUCCGCAAAACGCGCUUUCGCAGACGCAUCCGCAGCGAGAAACUCAUCCUGGUGAUCAUCGUCACCUUCGGGCUGUUCUGGCUGCCGUACCACAUCAUAAACAUGAUUCAGGUCGCUGCUGCUUUACAUCCAGAAGGUGAAACAAAAGUUAGACUAACGAAAAUCUCGACGUCAAUGCGAGCGCUCACCUCCACCGUGGCUUUCGUCAGCAGCUGCAUAAACCCCAUCCUCUACACCUUCGCCGGAAAGUCGUACAUCCGACAGGAAGGGCUGGCUUUCAUGGCGCGGCUGUUCGAGGCAACGGCACUUUAUUCGACGCGGAAGAUCCGCCAGAGCAAUCAAAACAGCCGAGAUAAGGACACCGAUGAAGGAGGAAGUCUCAAAGACAAAGACUCCGAUUCCAUCACCACCCCUCACCAGAGCUGCAUCGUUAAAGUUUCGCCGCAGAAAAACGGAAAAAACUGUGUACCAAUUGUGUUCCAAAAAGCCACAAUAGAAGAAGGAGAUCAGUGCCUAACUCAAACCAUCACCUGACCGGCGGCGGUAGGGUCUUUACUCAUUAAGGAACAGGUUCAGAAACAUGAAAGUCCACAGAGAAGCUCUUAAAGAUCUGCUUCAUGUCUUUGCCCAGUAGAGGGCGUCACACAACUGAGAGAGAGAGAGAGAUGAACUGCUACAGAAACAGACCGCUUGCUCAUCACCACUAACGGUUUGCAUGAUUGUAAAUAGUGUUGUUAGUGUGUAAAUAGUUUUUUGUUAUGCAAAUGUUGAACACAUCUAGAAUAAGUAGAUAUGUUGGGACUAUUAUUGUAACAUUUCAAUUUAAUUAUGAAAUGAACAAAAAGUUGAAAAAGAUUCGUUAAAUUUGCUUUACGAAACUCAAAGAUCAGAGUCAGUGAAAUUACCCGAACUUCAUCACUAGUUGUAAACAAAGAUUCAAGACUGACCAAUGAGAAGAGUUUGGUCAGUACUGAGAUUUGAGAAGGAACUCUGUCAUUGGGCCAAAUUUAUUAUUUUAUAUAAUAAUAUUUUAUUAUUAUUUAUUAUUUUAUAUAAUAAUAAUUUGACAAGGGUUGCACUCCCAAUAUAUAUAGAGAGAAUUCCAUGACAGUCAAUGUUUCAACUCUGAUGACCGAAAAAGAUGGUGUAAUCAGAAUAUUAGGGUUUAAUUGAGACUUUUGUUGUCAUGGUAACAAUUAAUGAGGUAAAUCAAAGUUUGAGUAUUUAUGUUUUUUAAUUAUGUCUGGAUCACUGUACAAAUGUUUACACUAAUGGCAUCGUUCAUAUUAAAUGUGAUGUUUUACACUGA